AUGCUUUAUUUGGGCUGGAUAUUUCUUUGGAUGAUCUCAAGAGAGAGAAUGAAAGGAUUUCACAUUUCAGAUUGCUCUACUGAAAAACCCAUUUGGACAUACCAUGCAAGAAGUGAGGAGGAAUUUCUCUUAUUUUGCAAUUUACCAGGGCUCCAGAAAUCCCAUUUCUUCCACAGAAGUCAAUUAUCACCAACACAAGUCCCUGAACAUGUGCCCUGCAAUGGUAGUAAAGAUCUAUCUGAUGUCCAAUGGUACUUACAACCUCCAAAUGGAUACCCAUUACGGGAAGUUACUAAAGACCACCCUUACAUCAAGAGUGCUCUUCAUUUUUCCACCAUAAGGAUCAGUGAUGCUGGGUCAUAUAUUUGUAGACCCAGGAUUAGGAACCCACAGGAUGAUGCCUGUUGUAUCAAGAUGGUCUUAGAAGUCAAGUCCCCCCAAAAUACAUCCUGCUCAGGCCCUGGACAUGAGCAAGAGCUUCUUCUUGGUAGCAUUGCUUCAAUUUCUUGUCCCACUCUUAACUGUCUGAAUGAUACACAAAGUCCAGAAGUUACCUGGUACCAAGACGGAGAGCUACUCCUUGAAGAAAAAAGCAAUCCAAUGCAGUUGGGUGAAAUUUAUGACUAUCACAGUGGCACGUAUGUUUGCGAUUAUACACAGUCGGUCAAUGCAAGUUCCUGGACAGUCAGAGCUGUGGUUCGAGUAAAAACCUAUGUGAAGGACACUAAUUCCAAGCCAAAUAUUCUGGAGCCCGACAAGGAUACACUGGAAGUAGAAUUUGGAAAGCCCUUAACUCUUAACUGCAAAGCACGAUUUGGCUUUGAAAAGGACUUUAACCCUAUAGUGAAAUGGUACAUCGAAGAUGCUGAGCAGAAAUGGUAAGUCCCCAUCACCAGAGGGGAAAUGGUAAGAAGAAAAUUAAAGGAUGAAGUCAUUCAAUGUGUUCUGUCUUUGAAAGAAGUUACUCAGAAUGAUCUUCACAAGAACUUCACUUGCUUUGCCCAGAACUCAAAGGGAAAUGAUACCUUGUCCAUCCAGCUAAAAGAAAAGAAAGGAGUGGUUUUCAUAUACAUACUCCUUGGCAUCAUCAUGACCCUGGUGGGCAUGCUGACGGCAGGUGCUCUCCUCUACCUGCACUGGAUUGAAAUAGUGCUGCUGUACCGCACCUGCCAGAACAAGGAUGAAACCCUCGGGGAUAAAAAGGAAUUUGAUGCUUUUGUAUCCUAUGCAAAAUGGAGCUCAUUGGAGAGUGAAUUCACUUCAUCUCUGAGUGAGGAAAACUUGGCUAUUAAUCUUCUGCCUGAAGUUCUGGAAAACAAACAUGGAUACACAUUGUGUUUAUUAGAAAGAGAUGUGGUCCCAGGAGGAGUGUAUGCAGAAGACAUUAUACGUAUUAUUAAGAAAAGUAGAAGAGGAAUAUUUAUCUUGAGCCCCAACUAUGUCAAUGGACCCAGCGUCUUUGAACUUCAAGCAGCAGUGAAUCUUGCCUUGACUGAUCAAACACUGAAACUAAUUCUAAUUAACUUCUGUUCCUUCAAAGAACCAGAGUCUCUACCUCAUCUUGUGAAAAAAGCUCUCUGUGUUUUGCCUACCAUCACCUGGAAAGGCUUAAAAUCAAUUCCUCCCAGUUCCAGAUUUUGGACACAAAUACGUUACCACAUGCCUGUAAAAAACUCAAGAUUUCUAUGAAAUCAUCUCAGAAUGACCCCAAUGAUAUUUUCAUUAGAAGGACUUGGUAAGUCAGAAACCACUAGGAGGUGCUCCCAACCUAAGAAAUAG